UGCAUCCCUGCCCAGGGGCGCAGCGGCGCGGGCACGGGGCCCCUGCCAGCGCUCAGUAGCACCAGCUCCUGGUUUCCAGUGGCCCCAGAGAGGAAGGUCUUAUCGCCUAGAUGAGAGCAGUAGCCAACUAUGGAGGAUAAGGCUGAGUCUAUGAAUGAUCCCUCCCACAUAAAAACAAAGCCACCUCCAAACACAUGCCCCAGGGCCUCAGGCUCUCUGCAAAACCUAAAGAGUGGGGAUCUACCCCAGCCCCAGGAGGAAGCUGACUUCUCAGGGGAUUCACAGAGGCCUGAUGUUUGAACCACCAAUGUGGCUUCAAGGUCUUGCCUUUACCUCUUCGUUCCUACUGCUGCACCACACCUUUCAAGGGCCUGCUUGAUUUAUUUCUAGAAAAACAGCAUUGGGUAAGUCAUUGAAGCCUCCCCAAACUUGGACAUUUUCUUUUGGAUCCUGGAGCCCAGUGGUUAGAGCAGAAGAGAAGCAGCAAAGGGCCAGGGCAGGAGCAGAAGGGUCCCAGGAUGGCGCUCAAUGACACAGCCUCUUCCUUUUGCCUGGACUCUACUGUGUAUAAGAUCACCAUCAGUGUGGUCCUCAUAGUCCUCAUCCUCAUCACUGUCGCCGGCAAUGUGGUUGUCUGCCUGGCUGUAGGCUUGAAUCGCCGGCUCCGCAGUCUGACCAACUGCUUCAUAGUGUCCUUGGCAGUCACAGACCUGCUCCUGGGCCUCCUGGUGCUGCCCUUCUCUGCCAUCUACCAGCUGUCCUGCAAAUGGAGCUUCAGCAAGGUCUUCUGCAAUAUCUACACCAGCCUGGACGUGAUGCUCUGCACAGCCUCCAUCCUCAACCUCUUCAUGAUCAGCCUCGACCGCUACUGCGCCGUCACCGACCCACUGAGGUACCCUGUGCUCAUCACCCCAGUUCGGGUUGCUAUCUCUCUAGUCUUCAUCUGGGUCAUUUCUAUCACCUUGUCCUUCCUGUCUAUACACCUGGGUUGGAAUAGCAGGAAUGAGACCAGCAAGGAUAAUGACACCAUCCUCAAGUGCAAAGUCCAAGUCAACGAAGUGUAUGGGUUGGUGGACGGACUGGUCACCUUCUACCUACCUCUGCUGAUAAUGUGCAUCACAUACUUUCGCAUCUUUAAGAUUGCUCGGGAGCAGGCCAAGAGAAUCAAUCACAUUGGCUCCUGGAAGGCAGCCACCAUCAGGGAGCACAAAGCCACAGUGACACUGGCUGCCGUGAUGGGGGCCUUCAUCAUCUGCUGGUUUCCCUACUUCACCGUUUUUGUUUACCGUGGGCUGAAAGGGGAUGACGCUGUCAAUGAGGUGUUUGAAGCCAUUGUUUUGUGGCUGGGCUAUGCCAACUCAGCCUUGAACCCCAUCCUGUAUGCUGCCCUCAACAGAGACUUCCGCACCGCCUACCAUCAGCUCUUCUGCUGCAGGCUCACCAGCCGCAACUCCCACGAGACUUCUCUAAGACUGAACAACUCUCAGCUGAUCAGGAGCCAAAGCCAAGAGCCCAGGUGGCAGGAGGAGAAACCCUUGAACCUCCAGGUGUGGAGUGGGACAGAAGCCACAUCCCCACAGGGAGCCACAAGCAGAUGGAGAGAAAACAUGAAUUUCCUGGGUCAGAGGAACUCAGUCACUUCUAGUUGGAAACCCAGUGACUCCGGAAGUGAAAAGAGUCUAUACAGGACUCGCCCAGCUCCUCACUUCCUCCUUCCCUCUGGGGUAAGUUUCCCAGCCUAUUUGGGCCACUCCAGACCUAUCCUGUAGGCUUCUCUGCCCAGGCAUUUCUGGGCCCAGGAGUCCUGUCUUGCUGCCCCUGGCCUCUCCCUGCACUGAGAAUCAAUCACAGCCUCCCAGGGGCCUUGGCCUAUGCUGCAGGCUCCUAACCCCCAUCCCCACCCUGACACCCGUAGAAGGUAGUCCCAGCUAUGUGCUAGGACUCACUGUAGGAGCUCCUGUACCCUCUGUGGGAGCGGAGGAAUGAGGGUCCAGGGACAGCAAUGAGGCCUCCUCUCUGCUAUUUCUGUUUCCCAGAAGACCCAUACCCUUCCAAGCAGUGUUGUUCUGUCCUACCAGGCAGAAAGUGGAGUUCAAGGCUCUGUGCUCUGAGCACCCCAAAAUCAUCCUCUAGUCACCCACUUUCAAUCAGGCUUUUGAUCCCAAGGGAGAUGGGCAGGCUAGAGAUCCACCCCAGCCUCUACCUCUCAGCCCCCUGCAUCUUCCCCACUGUGCCUGCUCCUCCCUGGGUAGAGGGACUCUGAGCUCCAGGUCCUUGAAACUCUAGUGCACUUUGAUGUCUCUGCCCACACCUGUGGGCUUCAGCUACCUCUCCACCUGCCUGUGGUGUCUGCCUCAGACUGGGAUCUGCUAGUGGGGCAGACCAACAAGGGUAGGGGCAAGGCUCCCCUCAUCGUCUCAAAGUAGUGUCCUGGGCCGCCCCACCCGAGAAGCACCUCACACCCAGCCCAGCACAUUCACUCACUGCCUGGUCAGGGCAACUAGUGAGCCUCGAUUGGUAACGGCUGAGCCCCAGUCAGGCCACCUGGGAGCUGAUGCCCGUGGGCACAUUACUUAACCUUUCCAUGCUUUGAUUUCUUCUUCCAUAAGAUGGGAAUGAUACUCGUACCCACUCCAAAAAUUGUUGUAAGGGUUAAAGGAGAGGGUAAAUACAGAUAGUGUCUGUCACCUGAGGAACUCCCAGUGACCACCAGCUAGCAUGCAAGCGGGUGUAUGAAGGGCCCCAGAAUUGGCUGAAAUGUUUCCCUGCCAUACGUUACAAUUGCCUUUGCAUUUGUUUUGCCAUUGUGCAGUUCUCUAUUGGACAUCUCGGUGUAGAGACCAUUCAGAUUUCUUUCAGAUUAUUUUCCUAGAAACUGAAUUUCUGGAAACAGAAUUGCUAGCCAAAAGGAAGGGAUAUUUUAGGCCCUUUGUUCCAUUUUGUCUGUUUUCAGGACAGGCUGUAGGGGCCUCCCUUCCACCAGCAAAAUCUGCAGGUGUCACUUCCUUGAAGCCAUAUGAGCAGUAGGGUCCUGGAAGUGUCAGAAGUGUGGCUGACUAGGGCAGAGGGUACAGGCCACAAGGAGAAGAGGCCACUGGCAUUUAAAGAUGUGCAGAGGGUUCCAGGUUAAGGGGACAAGAGUCUUUGAAGGAGCUAAACAAGAAGCAUCUGAGGGGAGAAAUGCUGUCCCUUAUCCAAGGCCUAAGCCUCCGGAGUCUGGUGGUCAGGAGGAGCUCAAAACAGAGACCAGUAAGACAGUUGCAGAAGCUGAGCCAGGAUACAGCAUCCAGCAAGGCUGGAGUGGGCCCUGAUGCUACAGCUCACUGCUAGAUGACUAAAUGAAAGGCCUCUCCAAGCCUCAGUUUCUCCAUGUAUGGAGCAGGUAUGAUGCUUUGCCUGUCUCCCAGGAAUGGAUGAACAGGUGAUGGGCAUAGAAUUUAGGAAUUUCCCUGGGUACUUUGGGUUCUUUUGCCAGAAGCAUCCACUGGCAUGAAUGAACAGGAACUAUGAGAUUUCCUUCAGUUUAAAAAAUAUUUCAUUUUCAAGAACAGACUGGUGAAGUGGACAGGUCUCAAGAAGUGGUUUUUGAAAAGUUUGAGAAAUAGGGCAGGGUGAGCACAAGGUCGGGACUGGUAAGACCUGAGUAUGAACCAAAUCCCAGAGAGGACUGGCAUCAAGCAGCACCCUCUGAGCUCUGUUCUCUUUAUUGCAAGGGGUUGAUGGGCAGGGACCCUCCACCUUUGUAGUUGGGCUGACCUGUGCUUGCUGAGAACUGUAUGCCUCAUUCACUGUGAGCCUUUGCCAAAGCAACUGAAGAGCUUUGAGCCUUGAAUCAGCACCUGUUAGAGUCAACAUUAUAAAUACAUGAUAUAUGGAUGAUGUCAAAGUCAAGUGAGAUUGAAGAGGUUAAGUGCCUGAUCCAUGAGCCUGCCCAGUAUUUUAUGAUUCAGCAUUUCGAGCUCAGCAGGAAGAAAUGGAUGCCAUGGAGAUGGGAGGGGCUGAUCAGGAAGUAGAACUCACCAACCCUUCACUUCUUUUUCAAGCAUCAUGCCCAAUGUGCAGCAACAUAUCCAGCACCGACUUCCUGGCUGUGUAGCCUUGGGCAAGUUUCCCCAUUCUUUGGCCUCCUUUUCUUCCUGUAUAAAAUGAGGAGAAUGAUAGUGCCUACCCCAGAGGAUCAGUGUGAGAAUUAAUGGGGUUAAAAUAUAUAUAAAAUGCUGAUGGCCAGGCUUGGCAUGCAGGAGGUGUCAGUGAUGGUAGCUUUUCUGUGAUUGUGCUCCCGGCUCCAUGCACAGGGCUUGGAUCUAGCAUGUGGUGGUGAAGCCCUUUCCUCCACUCACCAGCUGUGUGCCCUAGCCAGAUCACUGACCCCAUGAUGGGCCGGUCCUACAUGUGCAAGACAUAGGAGGUGUGCCCACUCACAGGGCUGCUGGCAGAGCCCCAGGCCAAGCACAAUACGUGUUCAACAUUGGUAUGGAAUCAUAUUCUUGACCUACGGUUUUAUAUUCACAAGCACACUCAUAAGCAUUGUUCAGACCUACUCCUCACAGCUUCCCAGUGGUUACCUUGACAGAGGGUGUGUUAGCUUUACAUUGUUAUGGCAAAAUACCUGAGAUAAUCAAUUUAAAAGGAAGGAAUUUGGGCUCAUGGUUUCAGAGGUACUAGUUUGUGGUUGGUUGACUCUAUUGCUCUUGGGUCUGUGGCAGCACAGCAAAUCCUGGGUUGUGUGAGUGCAUGGUAGAAAAAAGCUAUUCAUCUUAUGGGUCCCAAUAUCCCCUUGAAGGACUCACCCCCAAUGACCUAAUGUCCUCCCAUAAAUCUCACCUCCUACAGGUUCUACCACUUCCCAACAGGGCCAUGGCUCCAACACUGAGCCUUUGGAGAACAUUCAAGAUCCACAUUACAGCAGAGGUGAAAGAAAUGCACCUUGGGCACUUACUGCCCCAAGCAGCCAUAAAAUCCUAGAGAUGUGCCAGUUCACACCAUAGACUGAGACUGUCUCUUGGUCAGUUUCUAACAUUCUCCUUCUCCAGAGCCUUCAGUGGCUCUCCAGUGCCUGCCAGAUUAUAACCAAGACUCCUCCACCAAGACCAACUGGUUAUGGCUAUAGAAUCUCUUUUUGCCCCCUAUUCCUCUGCAGCUAAGAGGAGUUUGUCCAGCUAAACUACUCCAUCCCUAUUCUAAGCGCACAAGCCUCAUUUCAUGCUAUUCCCUCUGCCCAAAAAGCCUCUUCACAGCCCCAAACACUGCCAUUAAACUGCCACUCACUGCAUCAGUCCCGACCCAAAUGCCAACUGCUCCAGGCACCUGAACAGGGAAAGCUUCUGUGCCACACAGUCCUAAUAACACACACUCACUCAUACUCAGAGGCACACACAUCCACACACACGCUGGCAAUAUACUCUUUUGUGCGUGCAUACUUAUCCAUAUGAGUAUGUUCGUACAUAUGCACACACAUUCCCACUCCCUCUUGCUCACUUUUAGACUCAUGUCAGCACAAACAUGUAGUUUUGUUUUUAUACUACAGCAACUGAACCAGGCAUAUUAUUACCUAUAAAUUACUGGAGACCAGAACCCUGCCCAGAUUUUCUUUUUGUCUUUGUUAUCAUCUCUAUCAAAUUCAAUGAAUCUGCCCCUGUGAGAAGCAGCACACUACAGUGGGAAGUGUGUUUGGAGUCAGAUGGCUUGAGCUUGGCUGCUUAGUACCUGGGGCAUGUCUCACCCACCUGGAACCUUAGUUCCAUGAGCGGUGAAAUCCAAACACAUACAGCACUUGCCUUGGAGUACCACUGGGGUGUUUAAAUAGAAAAAGGGUGCAGAAAAUUUGGCAUAGAAUCACAGGAAACGUUGCUUCUUGCCAAUCAUUUAAUCAUUCACCAGCACAAUUCACGGAUGCCUACUAGAGUACAGCCAACCUCCCUUCCUACCCUCUCCCGGUCUGAUCCUAACCUAGGGCCCACAAGUGUUAAGGGAUGUGUAUCCUGAGAAAUCCCUAACAAAACCUCCUUCAUGGGCAUAAAGCUUUCAGACUCCCACAAUCUAUUUCUCCUUCUAUGAGAAUAAAUAAAAAGGUAGCAGCUAUUGCCUCUGAUCACAAGUGCCAAGGAGUUUCAAGGAGACUUUCUUAGAUAAAUUUGACCUUAUUUGCACAAAUACAAACCCAGGGUAUUUCCAAAACUUGCAGAAAGUCUUUGCCCAAUUUGUUCACACUAGCUUGCUAAGGACAGAACACCAGCUCCCCUGGGUGACUUCUGAUUAGGUGGCAUCUCUGUUAAUCAUACCUGCCCUGCCCUGCCCUUGCCCCUUUACUCCUUCAAAGCAGAUCCUAGUGGCAGGCAAAUGCCCUGUGUCUUUUCCAGAAAAUCAUGAGAAGUCCAUGAAAAAUAAAUCAUUCCCAAGCAGAAGGCCAAAGUUUAGUCAUUUCAAUUUACCAUAAACAAAUUGGUUUACGGUAGAAAAUAAAAGGUUAAGAAGAGAAUAGUGGACUCUGGAUAAGUCAGUGUCCUGAAAUUUCUGUGCCAUGAGGUAUUUUAAAACAAUCAAAAAAG